AUGGACGCGGGUGCUGCAGCGGGCUAUGGUCCCUACGGACCGUCCAUGGGCCAAGGCAUGCACGACACUAGCGGUUACAGCACAGUGGCUGAUGCAGCUAUGCUUGCGGAGAGCCUUGAGAGCAUGGUGCUAGGCCCGGGUGGGCCGCAGAUGCUGCAAGGCAUUGGGCCGGCGGGUUACUACACGCCGGCCGGGUUCGCCGGCCACCCCGCUGCGGCUGCAGCCUAUGGCUACGCUUUGCAGCCGCAACAUGUGCCACAGCAGGACCUUGGCCGGGCCAAUAGCGACCGCGGGCCACGGCCUGGGCGCAGCAGGGGCGGCGCACCCAACGGCGGCGCGCCUGGCGGCCCGCAGCAGGGCGAGCGGCGUGGCGGGGGCGGGGGCGGCACGGGCGGCGGCGGCGGCGGGGGCGGCGGCAGCGGGGCUGCGAAUGGUACUGGGGGCGGCCGGAAAAAGCGCACGCAGCGGGGGCUAGAGGUCAAUGUGCGACGGACAGUGUACAUCAGCUACAUUGACCAGCAGGUGACCGAGGAGUCGCUGGCCAACUUCUUCGCGGACUGCGGCACAGUCAUGGACUGCCGCAUAUGCGGGGACCCCAACAGCGCCAUGCGCUUCGCCUUCAUUGAGUUUGCGGAGGACGCAGCUGCGCAGAAGGCGCUGAGCAAGACGGGGUCCGUGCUGGGGAGCAGCCCGCUGCGCGUGCUGCCGUCUAAGACGGCCAUCGUGCCGGUGAACAAAGAGUUGAUGCCCCGCACUAACGACGAGCUGGAGCGCUGCAGCAGGACUGUGUACGUCGCAAACAUCGAUAAGAAAGUGGACAAGGAGGACGUGAGGAGCUUCUUCGAGCAGCUGUGCGAGUUCUUCCAGGCGGAGGGCGCCAUGGCCGCGCUCAACUGCAGCGGCGCGCUGCUGGGUGAGGGGUAG